CUUUACUUUGACAAAGAUAUCAAUUUAUUCAUCAAGAUGAAAUUCUCUGCCUGCGCUAUCCUUGCCACCAUCGGCUCCGCCUCUGCCUUCUCCGGAAGCUCGUAAGUUUUAGUGUAAUUGUUGAAUACGCACGAUGGACAACGGUUGCGCACAGUUUGUUUUGAAAUAUCGACUAGUACCUCAUCAUUGCCUUCACGCCGACACUUUUCGAACCUACAGCUUCUCUGGACUUUCCCUCAAGGCCGCCAACAAUGAUUCCGCCAUGACCAUGUCUGCCACCGGUAUGGGAGUUAACGGAUUCGGACGUAUCGGACGUCUUGUCACCCGUAUCAUGAUGGAAGACGAAGCUUGCGAGCUCAAGGCCAUCAACGCCGGAUCUGCCACCCCUGAAUACAUGGCUUACCAGUACAAGUACGAUACCAUCCACGGAAAGGCCAAGCAGACCGUCGAAGUUGAUGGAGACUUCCUUGUCCUUGACGGAAAGAAGGUCCAGACUUCCCGAUGCCGUGACCCUAAGGAGGUCGGCUGGGGUGCCCUCGGAGCUGACUAUGUCUGCGAGUCCACCGGAGUCUUCCUCACCAAGGAAAAGGCCCAGGCCAUCCUUGACGGAGGUGCCAAGAAGGUUAUCUACUCUGCUCCUGCCAAGGACGACUCCCAAACCAUUGUCAUGGGUGUCAACCAAGAGGACUACGAUGGAUCUGAGGACUUCAUCUCCUGUGCUUCGUGCACCACCAACGGACUUGCCCCUAUGGUCAAGGCCAUCCACGACGAGUUCGUCAUCGAGGAAGCCCUCAUGACCACCGUCCACGCCAUGACCGCCACCCAGGCUGUUGUUGACUCCUCCUCCCGAAAGGACUGGCGUGGAGGACGUGCCGCCUCUGGCAACAUCAUCCCCUCCUCCACUGGAGCCGCCGUUGCCGUCACCAAGGUCAUUCCUUCCCUCACCGGAAAGAUCACCGGUAUGGCCUUCCGUGUCCCUACCAUCGAUGUCUCCGUUGUUGAUUUGACCUGCAGACUCGAAAAGGCCACCACCUACGAAGAAAUCUGCGCCCACAUCAAGGCCCGCUCCGAAGGAUCCCAGAAGGGAUUCCUUGGAUACUCUGAUGAGCCUCUUGUCUCUACUGACUUCGAAGGUGACCUCAGAUCCUCCAUCUUCGACGCCGAUGCCGGUAUCAUGCUCAACCCUAACUUCGUCAAGCUUGUCGCCUGGUACGAUAACGAAUACGGUUACUCUGGACGUGUUGUUGACUUGAUGAAGCACGUUGCCGCCGUCGAUGCCAAGGUCUCCGCUUAAGCGUUUUCUUCUAGUCGAAAAUAGUAACAUUAUGUAACACUUUUUGAUUCCACCGCCUCUGUACCCCAGUCGAACAUAACGAGUUAGGUUUAUCAUCAAAACAAAUGUUCUCCAGAUAU